CACUCAUAUAUUCUUCGGAGCACGAACACAUAAAUAACAAGCCCUCGAUCUCACCAACGAUGGUUCGGCACAAGAAAGACAACUUUGCCCGGGGAAAGAAGUCCUACCGUGGCCCGCCCCGCGGUCGGGGCCCCUCCAACAACAAGGAUGGCAACGAGGACACUGAUCCCGCCUUUCCAGGCUCCUCCUCACGACCAUCCUUCAAGGCCGCCUGCUGGGACCUCGGGCACUGCGACCCGAAGCGGUGUUCAGGCAAGAAGCUGAUGCGGUUCGGGCUGAUGCGCGAGCUGCAGGUGGGACAGCGGCACUCGGGCGUCAUCAUCACGCCCAACGGCAAGCAGGUCGUCUCGCCGGCCGACCGGGAGAUACUGGACCAGCACGGCGCCGCCGUGGUCGAGUGCUCGUGGGCGCGCGUCAAGGAGGUGCAGUGGUCCCGCGUCGGCGGGAAGUGCGAGCGCCUCCUGCCCUACCUGGUCGCCGCCAACACGGUCAACUACGGCAAGCCGUGGCGCCUGAACUGCGUCGAGGCCCUGGCCGCCGCGUACUACAUCUGCGGGCACCCGGAGUGGGCCGAGGAGAUACUGGCGCCGUUCUCGUACGGCGCUUCGUUCCUGGAGAUCAACGCGAGCUUGCUCAAGAGGUAUGCCGCGUGUACGGAUCACAAGAGCGUGAAGGAGGCUGAGGAGGCGUGGAUGGAGCGUCUGGAGAAGGAGUAUGCGGACAACCGCGAGGACGGCGAUAGCGCAGACUUGUGGAAGGGCGGCAACGUCAAUCACAGGGCGGCCGUCGACUCUGAAGAGGAUGACGACGAGGAGGGAGAAGACGGCGAGGAUGGUGAUAACGAGAGCGGGGACGACGAGCAGAGUGUCGACGGCAUAUAUCUUGGCAAGAAGCCAAAGGCGAUACAUGAGACGGAGGCAGGUGAGGAUGUGGAUCCGUACGCCCUCUCUGAUGACGAAAGCGACGAUGCCGAGAUGGAGGAGAUCAGGAGGAAGAUCUUGGCUUCCAAGCCGUUCGCAGCCUCGGCGAGCACCGAGCAGAAAAAGGCUCCUGAGAGCAUCCCUCGGCCGCAGCAAGUGAACCCAGACUCGGAUGUUGAGCCUGACUCGGACAACGGCGAGGAUGACGAAGAAUUCGACAACAUCAUGGACGCCACGCCCGUCACUGACAGGAUAGGUCUCUCAAAGCUGGAGAAGGAGAGGUCCAGGGCCACGGUAACAAGUAGAACUUUCGGCUCGGCCACUAUAUCGGCCCCGAAGCGAUGGUAGGAUAGUCACAACCAGACCUGGGCACACCUGGGCACACCACGGUUCGAUCCAAGUGAGAUGUGUAUCAAUAUAGUACAUAAGGUAGGUCUAUAGUGCCCCUCUAGUCUACAAUGCGGCCAUAUGUACUCGUACAUAACAUGACAUGACGUCCCC